AUGGCUGACAAGCAAAUCAUUCCCCCAAAGCAUGACCUCGAUGCCAAAUGGGACGCUUGCCUUGAUCUCACUGUCCGUCGCUUCGUCUACUCCUCAUCUGCUGGUGCAUUUGCCGAUCUUCUAUUUUUCGGGAGUCCUGUAACUCGGUGGACAUCUAUUGCUUUUGGUGCUGGAGUUGGAAUCGGAUCUGCAUAUACAGAAUGUUCUCGUCUGUUUGAUGGACCUCCAACAAAAUUACCCUUACAUAAUGUCUCCGAAACUGCUUCUCAAUUGAGGAGGCUGAGGUCAGAGCUAAGGAUGUCAAAGAAAAGGUUAGGUACCGAAGCUAAGCUUGUUAAGCUACAAGCAACAUUUGACAAGCAAAUGACCAAGCAGCCAAACUUCAAUUGA